CGACAUGGUUGUGGAGCAGACACAACCCGACAAAACGCUUUUCAUCCUUCCCAUGACCCGACCGACGGCUUCACAAUGGUCUCAUUCGCUACGCCCACGCUCGCUGGCGCUAUGCUGCCACCACCCACACCCAUUUCUCAGCGACCAACGAUGGGGCUGAAGCGCGACUCCUCAUACCUGGACACCGACGAUGAAUUUGGUUUGACGUCCUCGACCAAUAAGAGACUCAAGGUCGCAUUCGACGACAAUGUUGACGUACGAAUCAUGGAUGACUGGAGCGACAAGAGCUUGGAGUUGGUGAAGGAGGAGAUUCGAGUCGGAAUUCAGCGCCAUCUCGCACCGGCCGAACAAAAGGACGACACUCAGUAUGCCAGGCUAUUACUCUUACUCGGUCAGGACUCCUUCUCCGGGGAUGCGCCCAGCACUAAAUUGCUCAAACGAUAUAUCAUGGCGCUAAGCGCGCACAUUGGCUCGCUCGGAGAGUGCAGCAAGCUCGUUCUGGCCGCACUGGACCUUUCCUGGCUCGGAAGGGACCAAGAGUUCGUGGAAGUCUACAUGAAAUUCCUCAUCAUACUCGCCAGCACACACUCCAAAUUCAUCUCGCCAAUUAUGGACAAGGCGAUCGCACAAUUCGAAAGGCUCCCAGCCUCGAGCGGGAGGCUGCCCAGCGAAGAGCCAGUGUCUCGAGCUUCAAUGUUCGACAGGCUACACGAUUUUAUCCAGACCUUGCUCAGGAGAGUACCUUCUGCCAGCAGUGUGCUUGUAAGAAUGUUGAAGAACCAAUUUCCGAAUGAUCUUGCGACGGUCAAAGGUCAUGUUCAAUACCAGCGACAUAUUUUGCGCCUCGUUGGAGAGCUCCCCGAGCUGAAGAGCGAGAUGAUGGCGUUGAUUGCGCAGCGACUGGUAGAGAUCGACGUUCAGAUACAACAGGACCUCGACGAGUUGGAAGAUGAAGAGGAGGACAAGCUGAUACGGAGACCACAGGCAGUGCAGAACCAUGCUGACGGCGACGAGUCGGAUGACAGCGACGUCGAGUCCGUUUCGGAGUCGGAGCUGACGACCACCGAUGAGGAGCAGCGCCUGCGAGAGCUUCGUCUGAAAGUCGAUAAGAUGGAUGCCACUCAGGAUCUUUUGUUCACUUACUAUGCGCCAUCCUUCGAGCCCGGGUCGACGCCAUACAACAACACCGCGUACAAGGAAAUGCUCUCACACUUCGACAACUUCAUCAUGACAAAUCGAUCGAGACACGCCCAAUUCCUCCUGUUCCACUUCGCGCAGACCUCUCCGAUGUACGCUCGACACUUCACCUCACACUGCCUACGAAUUGCCUGCGACCGCAAUAUCGCAUCCAACAACCGACUCACGGCUUGCGCUUAUGUCGCAAGUUUCACGGCACGAGCAUCGCGCAUCAGCACGAAACUAGUGCGCGAAAUCACGCAAACGCUGUGUGUAUAUCUGGAUGACAUGAGACAUACAUACGAGCCGAACUGCCGCGGACCCGAUCGCAAAGCGUAUAGCAUGUACUACGCAACUGCACAGGCUUUGUUCUACAUCUUCUGCUUCCGAUGGAGAGAUUUGAUUGAAGAGCCCUCCUCCGUCGGCUCAGACGAUGAAGGCAUGAGUGCAGAAGACAUUUUGGCAGAGGGACGUGACCUCAGCUGGAUUUCUGGCCUCAAGGAGACACUCAACAAGAACAUGCACUCGAUCAUGAAUCCUCUCAAAGUGUGCUCGGCUCCGAUUGUCGGAGAAUUCGCAAAAAUCUCAAAUCAUUUGAGGUUUCUGUACGUCUUCUCUCUCCUGGAACGGAACAAGCGAAUUCGACUGGGCCAGAUGAGCUCAUCCGUCUCGCAUGCCGGUGGCAUUGAUAUUGGAAGAAGGGAAACAGCAUGGGAUCGCAAAACGGGAGAUGUACACCAUCAGCUCGAGCCCUACUUUCCUUUCGAUCCCUACAAUCUUUCCCAGAGCAGAAGAUGGCUGGAAGGAGAGUACAAUACCUGGAAGCUGCCGCGUGGAAUGAAGCAGGAGGAGGACGAGGAGGAGGAAGAUGAAGACGAUAGUGAUGACACCGAAGACGAGUACGACAGCGAUGCCGAGUCGAUCCCUGAGGAC